AUGGUCCAAGGAGCUCUCAAAAAGUCAAAGCCGGCGGCGGCCAAGGUGACACACUCCAAGAGGCAAGCCUCGAAAGUUCACAAGAGCACCAGCAACAAGAAGAGCAGCGCCGCCAUCGAAAAGACGCAUCGCAAAUUCCUGUCUGGCAUGGCGGCCAAGACCGAGGCUCUCCUCGGCGAGAGGGCCGGUCACCUCGAGCUGAUCGGCAAGGGGAAGAAGGGCAAGGACAAGAGGGCUACUGUCAAGGGUGGAUCGAAGAAGUUUGGUUGA